GAUGUCAGGUGGGAGCCUCUUCAGCAAGGUGCGCUCCUCCUUCAGGAGGGAGCGGAACGACUGGCACCUGAGCGACACGGCGCCCUUCGACUUCUCCGACGAGCUGGCGGAGGACGAGGCGCCCAAAUUCAACAAGCUGAGGGUCGUGGUCUCCGGAGAGAUGUCGGACUACUCUGCCGGAGCUCCGUCCAACGGGGUGGCGGUGAGCACGCUGGCGGUGGCCGCCGGCGACGACGACGACGACGACUGCCUGCUGGACUCCUCCGUCGGCCCGGGCAGCCCUGGGUUAAACAUGGACCCCUGUGACAGUUGCACCAAGAAGAGGGACGGGGUCAAGCACAGGAGGGUGAUGAGGAGGCUCGUCUUUGCAGCGUUGCUGUAUUUCCUUUUCAUGACAGCCGAGAUUGUUGGCGGCUACUUGUCGAACAGCUUGGCCAUUAUGACGGACGCGGUGCACAUGCUGACGGACGUGGUGGGGAUUUUGUUUUCUCUGCUGGCCCUCUGGCUCUCCACCAAGCCCCCCACGAGCCGCUUCACCUUCGGCCUGCAUCGCCUCGAGGUGGUAUCGGCGGUCCUCAGUGUGGUGCUCAUCUACGUCCUGACGGCUGUGCUGCUCUACGAGGCGAUUCAGAGGACGGUGCACCAGGAGUUUGACAUAGAUGGUGACAUCAUGCUCAUCACCGCAGCUGUCGGGGUGGCAGUUAACCUCAUAAUGGGUUUCUUGCUGAACCAAAAUGGUCACCUGCACUCACACGGCCACGGCCACGCACACGCACACGGUCACUCUCACGGCUCUGCAGCCGCCUCGAGUUCGCAGUCAGCCGGGUCCGGCCAGCACCAGGGCAGCCUGGCUGUGAGAGCUGCCUUCAUCCACGCUUUGGGAGACCUGGUCCAGAGUGUCGGGGUGCUCAUAGCCGCCUACAUUGUCCGCUUCAAGCCCGAGUUGAAGUUGGCGGACCCCAUCUGUACCUACAUCUUCUCCAUUCUGGUUCUCUUCACCACAUUCCGCAUCAUGCGAGACACGGCGGUCAUCGUGCUGGAGGGUGUUCCUAGACAUCUGGACACUCUGAGAAUCAAGGAGGACCUCCUGAAGCUGGAGGACGUGCAAUCAGUCGAUGAGCUGAACAUCUGGGCGCUGACAGCAGACAAGACUGCAGCAAUAGUGCACCUGCAGCUCGCUCCCUCUAGCAGCAGCAGCUGGGAGGACGUGCAGGCGAAGGCCCGCCACCUGCUGCUGCACACAUACGGUCUCACCAGGUGCACGGUGCAGGUGCAGACGCACAGGCUGAGGCUCGUGCACAGCUGCGCGCACUGCCAGCUGUCCAGCGCGUGACGAGACGGACUCUCCGCCGGCGUUCCACCGGUCGCUUCGUGGCACCCGACGGCCAGAGAGGAGAGCUCGCGGAGGCCCCCCGGUGACGCGCGCACACACACACAACGGUGUGCGCCGUGUUUAAAUGCAAAGAAAAAGAAAAGACUGGUGCCAAAAGGAGAGUCGGGUGUAACCUGAGAUGCACAUUUCUAAUUAAAGGAUCGCUACAAACCUCCAGAGACGUUAUGCACUCGCCAAAAGCUUUCACCAGUGGAGAUCGAAUGCUUGAACCUCAGCCGAGAAGAAUGAGAAAAUGUUUAAUUCUGUUUAAUUCACCAUCAAAGCCUACUCUGUUUCUGUAUUUUUACCGUUUGAUUUGCUACAACUGAUGUUUUGGCAUCGGGUGUAAAUUUUACUUUUUGUUACAAGGUCGUGCGGACUGAAUUUUAUUAUUUUACUGCGGAGGUCUGAAAAGGCAGAAGCAGCUUUUACCAUUUGGUAUUAACAUGCAUGGUCACAAUGCAUUGAGCCUUUCAGUCAGCGUAACAUCUCAUCAAAUGCACGUCAUAAUUCAUACUCUUCAGCCAAAGUCUAUUUGGAGUAUUAUUAUUUGGAGUAUUAUCGAUUAUACUCGAUCGAGACAUUAGUUUUAAAUACAAAAACAAUUUCAGUUUGAACAGACCGAUUAGUUAAGACACUUUUAACGUUUUACUCUUAGCAUGUCUCUUAAUUCAAUGGGGCGGAACUGACAAUCAACGUGUGGCUGACUUUGAAAAUGUGUAAAAAUGCUGCAGUAUUGGGACCGACGUCGGUAUAAUUUCAGCCUCACAUCAGUGCUCUGCUUCGUUUCAUUCAUUUAACUGACAGUAUGAUAAUGCAAACCGCUUGGGGAAACGUUCGGGGGGGGGUUCAGAGUUUUCCGGGAAGGAGUUGAAAUUUGCCAAUAAAGGUGUUAAUUUUGUGUUAAAUAGUUGUCAGAGGAGGGUUUUUUUGGUAGACCUCUCCAUAUUGGAUAUUAAUCAAAGGAAUUCCCAAACUGUACCCCUGUUUUUGUUUAUAAUAAAGUAUUUAAUCCUCUGUC